AUGGUUUUGGACUGUGCUAACGCUACUGCUCACUUGAAGACUUACGCCAAGAAGGACGGAUUGGAUGUUAAGACCUUGAUCGACUCCGCCAACUUUGGUGGUUUGACCUACAACGAUUUCUUGGUGUUGCCAGGUUUGAUCAACUUCCCAUCCUCUGCUGUCAACUUGGAGUCUAAGUUGACCAAGAAGGUUUCCUUGAAGUCUCCUUUUGUGUCUUCGCCUAUGGACACCGUUACCGAAGAGAACAUGGCUAUCCACAUGGCUUUGUUGGGUGGUAUUGGUAUCAUUCACCACAACUGUUCUGCUGAGGAGCAGGCCCAGAUGGUGAAGAAGGUCAAGAAGUACGAGAACGGAUUCAUCAGUGACCCAAUCGUGGUUGCUCCAUCCGUGACCGUUGGUGAGAUCAAGGCCAUGAAGGAGAAAAUUGGUUUCUCUUCUUUCCCAGUUACUGAAAACGGAAAGGUCGACGGUAAGCUCGUCGGUAUUGUCACUUCUCGUGAUGUUCAAUUCCAUGACGACGACUCUGCCCCAGUUUCCGAUGUCAUGACCAAGGAAUUGAUCACCGGCCAGCAGGGCAUCACCUUGACUGAGGGUAAUGCCUUGUUGAGAAGCUCCAAGAAGGGUAAGUUGCCAAUUGUUGACAACAACGGCAACUUGGUCUCUUUGAUCUCCUUGACCGAUUUGCAGAAGAACCAGUCUUACCCAGACGCCUCUAAGUCCUUCCACUCCAAGCAGUUGUUGUGUGGUGCUGCCAUCGGUACCCUUCCAGCUGACAGAGAGAGAUUGGACAAGUUGGUCGCUGCUGGUUUGGACGUUGUUGUGUUGGACUCUUCUAACGGUUCCUCCGUUUUCCAGUUGGACAUGAUCAAGUGGAUCAAGAGCAAGUACCCAGAAUUGGAAGUCAUUGCUGGUAAUGUUGUCACUAGAGAGCAGGCCGCUUUGUUGAUUGAGGCCGGUGCUGAUGCUUUGAGAAUCGGUAUGGGUUCCGGAUCCAUCUGUAUCACCCAGGAAGUCAUGGCUUGCGGUAGACCACAAGGUACUGCUGUUUACAACGUCUGUGAGUUUGCCAAGCAAUUCGGUGUUCCAUGUAUUGCUGACGGUGGUAUUGGAAACAUUGGCCACAUCACCAAGGCUUUGGCCUUGGGUGCAUCCUGUGUUAUGAUGGGAGGUUUGUUGGCUGGUACUUCUGAGACUCCAGGUGACUACUUCUACAGUGAUGGUAAGAGAUUGAAGGUGUACCGUGGUAUGGGUUCUAUCGAUGCUAUGCAGCAGACCUCUACUAACGCUAACGCUUCCACUUCCCGUUACUUCUCUGAGGCCGACAAGGUGUUGGUUGCCCAGGGUGUGUCUGGUUCAGUUGUUGACAAGGGAUCUAUCACCAAGUUUGUUCCAUACUUGUUCAAUGGUUUGCAACACUCGUUGCAGGACAUCGGUGUGAAGUCUGUCGAUGACUUGAGACAGCUGGUUUACGAUGGCGAGGUUAGAUUUGAGUUCAGAACUGCCUCUGCUCAAUUGGAGGGUGGAGUGCACGGUUUGCACUCUUACGAGAAGAAGUUGCACAACUAG